AAAAACGAGUUAACAUGUAAUGGAUAUAUUUAAUAGGAUCGACAGCAGUAUUGUCAGGUUUUUCAUAUUCUGCUAUAACAGCAACUAAUAAAAAUCCAAACUGAUUACACGCUAACAGCAGAUUAACUCGUGGAUAAAACAGUUCCCAAAAGAGAAAGAUGGAUAAAAAGGUUCAAAAGCCAUUCAUGUAUCUUAGGAACGGAGAACUGUUGUAUGAUUCGGAGGGUAAAGAAGCCAUGGCAGAAAAACAGGCUGCGGAUAUUAUUGAUAUCAUUAAAAAGAUAAAUCCCAACUUAGGUGAUGCAAAUGACGAAGAUGUCACAAAAGAUGAAAUUGAAGACACAGAUAACGACAGUAGCCAGGAAAUCGAUUGGGGAGCUAAGAUAAUUGAUGUUUUUAAAAACGGCUGUCUAAAGUGGAAACCUUCAUUAGAAAAAGAUCAUAAAAGCUUACUAACAACAAAGGCACACACAAAUUUCACUCGAAAAACCUAUAGCGAAGAUAACAAAAUAAAAGAAACAAAAGUAAUGUACGAAGAAGCAGAUGCAAAUUUCAACGCAAGCUCUAGCGGUCAUUUGAAAAUAUCUAUGGGAGAGAAGAACUCUGUAAAAGCAGAAUAUGACGCAAAAGUAAACGGAUGUGGCGAAGCUUCUUGCAAAGGGUUAUUUGAUAAACGCUUUAAUGAUAAAGAAAAUGAAAGGGAGUUAUUAAUUGCCAAGUGUGAAGCAAAAGGGAAACUAGAGGGAGAAUUUAAAGGCUCUGCAAGUUUCAAUGCUAAGGAAAAUGAAGGAAAGGCUGAUAUGAAUGUGAAAUUUGGGGUACAUGGUCAAACAUCUUUUACUGGUGUUGAUAUUAAAUUACAAAACUCAAACAAAGAAGGAAGAGUUAAAGUUUUACACGGCAAUGCCAAAGGAAAUGCAGAAAUUAAAGCAGCUGGUACAUUUGGAAAGCACAAAGUCAACCUUGAAGCUAAAGCUAAAGGAGGAGCAAAAUUUAAAGCUAUGGAUGGAGAAUUUGACUUUUCUGCAAAGAAAAGGAAUGAUGGUAUUUACAUUCCCGGAUUUAAGGGAAUAGUUGGUAAGGCGAAAGCCAAGGGUGAAGCAGAAUUUUGUUUGAAUACAGAGAUUUGUGGAAAAAAAAUUGAUAAGAAGGGAAAUGUGUCUGGCGAAGCGGAAGCGUCUGCAUUAACACUGAAUGCGCUUGAAGUUGAUAUCAGGAAAGAAAAAGAUGACGGAACUGUUCGUAAAGCAAAGGCAUCUGUAAAAGGAAUGGAGGGUAAUUUUUGUAACGUUGAAGCAACCGGGAAAAGGAGUGGCGACAUAACUGAAGCUUCGGCUAAUUUAACAGGGGCUAAGGUCAAUAUUGGUAAUGUGAAUGCAACUGGAAUUGAUAAUAGAACAAUACAUUCUGCAAACGCUACAUCAGGAUUAUCAGCAGAUAUUGGAAAUGUUAAAGCCUCAUGUUUAGGCCAUAAAGGUACAACAGCUGGGAUUGAUGCAAGUUUAGGUAUGCAAAUGUUCAACGUGUCUGCUGGAAUUGCUCGCGACACAGGGGUUUCUGCAAGCUCUAAAUUUUCAAUGUUUAAUGUGAAUCUUACAAUUGGGACACCAUCGUUAAAUAUAAGCAUGCCCGGUCUCGGCCCAAACAUUAGUAUUCCUUUCGUAAGUGCAGGUGGUGGAGGAGGACAAACGGCAGACCAAUCAAAUGAUUCAAAUGGUAAGGGUAAAAAUGAAACCGGGUCAUUUACUGGACAAGAAAAAGAGAAUGGUUCAAAUAACGAAGGGAGCUUAAAUACGAAUCGUUCAAAUAAGGAAGGGAGCUUGAAUACAGAUGGAAAUAUCGGAACAAAAUCUAGCGACGGGGAACCCUCCCAAUGUGGAUCGAUUGCACAAAAUAACACAGAUAGCUGUACAAAUAGUAGAUUUGGUAGUAAGUCAUAUAUUGGAAAUGAAAGUAAUACUAGUUUAAAUUAUGAAGAACAAAGUCUAACAAGUUUAAAUGAUUGCAUUGGAACAUAUGAUGGAGAUGGAGGUCCUGUGGAGAAUGGAGUAAUUGCCGAUGACAACACAGGCCGCUAUACAAAAGAUGGUCUUGGUAGCGGAACAUGUAUUGGAAAUAUUAGAGAAGGAUGUUCAAAUAGUGAAGAUACAAACCUCAGCAGUUUAGAUUUGAAUGAUAAUAUUGAAUCUUGCGAUGAUGACGUGGGAAUAUCGGAGACUAGAUCAAUUGCCGGAGACAACAUGGGCAGCUGUACAAAUUUCGGAUAUGGCAGUGGGUCACGUAUUGGAAAUGAAAGAGAGGGGUGUUCAAUUAGCGAAGACACAAAAAAUAAAAGCUUUGAUUUGAAUGAUUGUAUUGAAACAUGUGAUGAAGAUGUAUGUUUCUUGGAGCGUAGAUCAGUUGCUAAAGACAACAUAGGCAGCUGUACAAAUACUGGACUUGGCAGUGGGUCACCUAUUGGAAAUGAAAGAGAGGAUUGUUCAAUUAGCGGAGGAACAAACCUCAACUGUAUACAUUUGAAUGAUUAUAUUGAAUCAUGUGAUGGUGACGUGGAAUUUUCGGAGAGUAGAUCAAUUGCCGGAAACAACAUGGACUGCUGUACAAAUUUCGGAUUUGGCAGUGGGUCACGUAUUGGAAAUGAAAGAGAGGGAUGUUCAAUUAGCGAAGGAACAAAAGACUGAAGCUUAGAUUUGAAUGACUGUAUUGAAACAUGUGAUGAAGAUGUAGGGUUUUUGGAGCGUAGACCAGUUACCAGAGACAACAUGGGCAGUUGUACAAAUACUGGAUUUGGCAGUGGGUCACGUACUGGAAAUGAAAGAGAGGGAUGUUCAACUGGCAAAGGAACAAAAAACAGAAGGUUAGAUUUGAAUGAUUGUAUUGAAACAUGUGAUGGAGACUUGGGGUCUUUUGAGCGCAGAUCAAUCGCAGGCAGCUAUACAAAUAACGGAUUUGGUAGUGGGUCAUGUAUUGGAAAUGAGGGAUCUUCUAUUAGCAAAGAACAAACGAAGAGUAGAUCAACAGCUAUGGUUAAUACAUUGAGCUACUCAAGCGGCAUAUUUGAAAAGUCAAGUUGCUCAAAGUACGGGGAAAUAAACGGGAACAGUAAAGAUAGCAAGAUAAGUACUUUCAAAAAUGAAAGUGAAAGCGAAUAUGAACAUGGGCCCCUGAAUCAAUUGACAGGCGGAGCAUACAUGGAUGAACACUUAAAUACAAAGAAUUUUGAAAGUCAAGUAUUUGAAAGAGUUAGGAAACAUACCAUUGGAAGACCAAACAAAAAUCCGAGUAAAAUGACUUUUGGUGACACGGUAUCUGCAGAAAUUGAAGAAGCCGAAAAAGAAGAUCAACACUGUCUCAAAAGUUUUGAAACAGCGCUUUGCCCAAAACAUCGAAGAAAUAUCACCAAUGAAAUGCAUGGAGACGAGCAAACAGCUGAGCAAGCGGAUACUAAAACAUGUUUCAAGGGGACAGACAGACAAGCUGAAGAUUUGAAAACUCAAAUAAAUUCCGAUGAUAUUUUAGACAUUCAAACGGGUAAUGAACAGGAACAUGAAUUAUAUACACAGUUGCCAAAGCGAAAACAUGGAAAAUCUCCAAGACACUUCGGAAUGCACCACAGAACGUCUGGACUAAGUUCUACAGACACAUCACAAGAGAAAGACGUUCAAACCGAGCUAUUACGUACGUCAGGGAAAUAUUCAUCUGCAUCUAAUAAAAUGAUUUCUACUGAUUUAAAAAAUGAUGAGUAUUAUAACAAAUAUCUGGCGAGUCUGGUAAAUGACCGAUUUGAUAAAUCAAAAGGAAAAUAUAAGAACACAGAGUCUGAAAAAACAGCGAAAAGUGAAUCUUUAUUUACUAUCUGGAGUGAUCAAGAAAAACUUAAACAGGCAUUGGUUGAAAAAUAUUCCAAGGGUCCAAAUGCAAGAGAUGUCACAGCAAAAAGAAACAACGUGGGAAAUACUAAAGAACGUGAUAUUGAAGGUAAUGCCGCGCAAGGUCAAUCAACAGAGUCUGAUGACAGAACACCAAAAGCAAAGAAAAAGGAGGAACCCAAAAAGCCUUUUGGAGCAAAUAAAAAUAUUCAUACGAUAUUUACCCUAGCUGGUGCAGAAUCUAAACCCGUGAAGUAUUUGAAAGACAAUUUUGCAUGUUUUACUGACGAAUAAUUGUUUGAAACCAUAUCUAUGGAAUUGAGUUUGUUUGGUAUGUAGAGGAACACAUUUAUACAUUUGUUUUAGAUUUUUGGUUGGAUUUUACGUCGCACCAACACUGUAAAUGCCAUGUGAAUACUUUCCAGCUUUACUGGUGGACGAAGACCUCGCGUGCCUCUCUGUUCAAUAUAAAAAAAGUGCUCAUUUCCAUUUAUGUGUCUUAUUCUAGUUAAAGAAUACAUUUAAAAUUUGUUAAAGGCAAUUAAAAAAUCAACCUAACACUUCUAAUGCUAGUGUUUUUGGCGAACUAUGUAGACAUCCCUUAUAUAUAAAUAGAUUUGUAAGAAUAAUGAAGUACAGGUUAAAAAUUACAGAUACUGAUAGCGUAAUCCUAAAGACAGUACUAGUAUUUAAUCAAGCUUUAGAAGAUAGCAACAAUGGGUUUUAUAUGUAAAAAAAGCUUGAAUGAUUAUGGAUUUUUGAAUGUAUUUGAUAAUAUGUUAAUGCAAUUGAUAAAAGUUAUUUUUAUAUGAAUUCAGGUGUUGUGUUAUUGACUCUUAUUGACUUAUUGAUUUUAAAAUCAGUAUUGUCUGCUACUUUAGAAUAUAGAGUAAAUGUAAAUUAUGUAAACGUUAAAAAAAGUUUUUACAAGAUUAUGAACAUUAUUUGGAUAUCCUGUCAAGAUGUAGAUUUAUAAUUUUUAUGGAGAUUGACUUUAAGAAGCACAUAGUGCUUCUAUCAAAUUCCAUUGCAUGUAUUAUAAUAGAAUGGUUUUUAAAAUUUGUGUAUAUUGUAGUCUAAUUAUAUGUAAUAUAUGCAAUAGAUAAUUAUGUUUAAUUAGUUCAAGAUGUAGAUUUAAAACGAGUAGUUUGGAUGUCUAUACGUAGAACUGUUGAUGGAGAAAGGUAUUGUUUUUGCUGUUUUACUUAAGACAUUGAAGAUGAAUUUCAUUCUAUUUGUAUAUAUGCUGCUGUUAUGCAGAACUUUGGAAAAUAUUUGAAAAUUAAAUGUCAGAAACCUGUCGGUUUAUAUUUUACAGCUGUGGUCGCAAAUAGAAAUUAUGAAAUAAUUCAGUUACCAAUUUUGUUAAAGAAUUUCUUGCUUUGAGAAUGGUAAACGUUAAAUAUUGUAAUUGCUUAUUCUGCUUAUCUAAUGUCUGCACUUAUUUUUAAUAUUUCGUAUAAUGUACAUGUGUUAACUUCUUGAUACUAGAUGAAAAUUUAUACACGUACUAUGAAUUGUAUGUCUAUUAUGAUGUAAAUUUAUACAAUGAAUUGUAUAUAAAUUCUGACAUUGUAAUCAAAAAUAAAAAAUUGUGAAAAAAAAAAGAUUGCUAUUCGACUAGCUACAUUGACGUAAUGUUUGUAAAAGUUUAUUAUUUUGCUUUGAAAAGAUGAUGUAGAACGAACAAAUCUAAAUAAAUUUUUUGUUCAAAUCUGUUGAGAAGACAGUGACAUAACGUUACAAGUAUUUUACGGCUGCACACCUUGAGAUCCGCCAUCUAUUUUUUUAUAUUGGAAACAUAUACUACCAUACAGAGUCAACAUCAUUUUUUUCCGAGAUUAAGAUACAUGUAAUAUUUUAUGAAGAUCUGGAUCAACGACUCUUGUGCAAAUUUUUAGAUAAUUUCCUCACUCCGUUUUCCCAGAACAAUCAUUUUUAUUUUGCAAAAAGACCC